AUGUCUGUGCCGCCCACGAGGAAGAUUCAGCUGGUGAUCGCCCAUACGGCGGAAAAGACGAUAGAGGUGCCGGGAUUCGAAGCAUUCAUGAAGAUGCAGCAUGGGAGGGACGCCCUCUUCCGUUUCCUCGCGGCGGAUCACGCCUUGCACAGCUACUACCUCUUGGCAAAGAAGCACGUUCAAGAAAUCGUGAUGAAGGGGGGGAAAGCAAAAGGCGCUUGCGCGGCCGCCGAGCCCUCCUCAGCUCCCGCGGCGACAUUGAAAGCCCCCAGUGACAAGACAGAGGACCCCGACGUUGCGGAGAUCAUGCGCAUGCUCGGCGGAGUCGGCCCAUAGCGGAGCGCUUGUACGUGUGCGGCAAGAGCGUUACGUGGGAAGGGUGGAAUGCCCUCACUGCCCUUCAUUCCUUCCAGCUUUAGGCCGCCACGCGCCGUCCUUCCCCUGUUGCUGUUGGCCCUCUCGUGCCUUGCCCGCCGAACAGGUUCCUAAAGCGCCGGUACCCUGGGAUUGAUCUCUGACGUUUGGUGGUCGCUUGGAGAGCACGACGGAUACCUGGUGGUUUUGGUGUCAUGUCAGAUUACGUAGCUUUGAAGGAGAGUUUUACUUCAUAUAUUUUCGUCAAUUCACAAACCUACAGGGAGAAGUGUGGAUGCAAACCGCUUUGAAAGUAUGCUUAAGCCAGAGAUGGUUCCAUCCACGGCGCCCCCGGCUUGCCUCGCCCAUGUGUUUUUGCAUCGGAGCGUGUCUCAAC